GGGAGAAAGUGGUGCGAACAAUUAUUACUUUUCACUUCUCGGAGCUUGGCCUCAUUUUAUUAGUUUUUAUCAUUCCUUUAACCUGCGUGCCCACAUAUGUUCAUAAUUCAUCCCUGCAGUUAGCACAACUAUCGUAGUCAUACUAAACUUUGGGUUUAUUCGAUUCUUUUCCUCACUCAUGAUCAUGGCUGUGAAUAAUGGAUCAUCACAACGGUGGAGCGAGAGAUUAGUUGGAAUGGCUUUGGCAAUUACUCUUGUUUUAUUCUCAGCCUCUGCUUCUGCUCAUCAACACUUUAACCAAACAAACAUUUAUCCCACCGCCGUUGGGGCAACCCAAACCAGUUUUCUUGCUAAAGUUAAGGGCUUUUUGUGGAACUCAUCUGGUUCUACAUACGAGCAUACUUGGCCGGAAAUGAAAUUUGGGUGGAGAAUAGUAACGGGAUCCAUAAUUGGAUUCCUAGGAUCUGCAUUCGGGACGGUGGGUGGUGUUGGAGGGGGUGGCAUUUUUGUCACCAUGCUUUCUCUCAUUAUCGGAUUUGACGCAAAAUCGGCUACAGCCAUAUCUAAGUGUAUGAUUACGGGUGGAGCAGCAUCGACUGUUUUCUACAAUUUGAAGCAAAAACAUCCAACACUUGACAUGCCAGUCAUAGACUACGACUUGGCACUUCUUUUCCAACCAGUGCUCGUGCUUGGAAUCAGCAUUGGAGUUGCCUUCAAUGUCAUUUUUGCUGAUUGGAUGAUAACAGUCUUGUUACUCAUAAUUUUCAUAGGAAUUGCAACCAAGGCAUACUUAAAGGGGGUUGAGACAUGGAAAAAAGAAACGAUUAUUAAGAAGGAAGCUGCUAGACAGUCACAAUUAAAUGGCACUGGAAGGACUGAAGAGGUCGCAUAUGAGCCUCUUCCUGGAGGCCCAAACACAACCAAUCACACAGGGCCCAAAAUAUCCAAGGCAAAGGGAUCUGUUCUUGAUAAUAUUCGUUGGAAAGCACUUGGAGUUCUUUUCACUGUCUGGAUCCUUAUACUUUCCUGCGAGAUUGCAAAAAAUCAGACUACAACUUGUUCAGUGGCAUAUUGGAUACUUAAUCUAUUACAGGUCCCUGUGGCAUUAGGAGCGACUUCAUAUCAGGCUGUGCUUCUGUACAAAGGGAAGAGAGUGAUAGCAUCGAAAGGAGAUCAACAAACAAAUUGGCGACCGCACCAGUUAGUUAUGUAUUCUGCAUGUGGCAUAUGCGCUGGUGUGGUUGGUGGCUUGCUUGGUCUCGGUGGAGGUUUUAUUUUGGGACCCCUUUUUCUCGAGCUAGGAAUCCCUCCUCAGGUGUCAAGUGCUACAGCCACUUUUGCCAUGACAUUUUCUGCAUCUAUGUCAGUCAUCGAAUAUUACCUUCUAAAACGGUUUCCCAUUCCUUACACUCUUUACUUCGUGGCUGUAUCAACAAUUGCGGCCGUUGUAGGGCAAUUUUUUGUGAGAAAGCUGGUUGCCUUACUAGGGAGAGCAUCAUUGAUCAUUUUCAUCUUAUCAGGGACCAUUUUUGUCAGUGCAAUAUCACUAGGUGGUGUGGGCAUAGCAAACAUGAUCCAAAAAAUUGAAAAUAAAGAUUACAUGGGGUUUGAAAACCUUUGUGCCUACGCAGCCUGAAUAUUAGAAUUUGAAUUACAGAUUCAUUAAGGGGAAGAACUACUUAAUUGACACUUUUCAAUUCCGAUUAAUUGUUUUCUUAAAAAGUCAGAAUUUUUUAUAGUGUUAAUGUCAAGAUUCAAGAUUCUUAGCACAGAAUGAUGUGUACUGUGUAGUUCUUUUAGCUUCCUCUGGACAUUAUUAUUAAUUUAAAUUAUUUGAUAGUAAAUUUUAUUACGAUAUGUUA